AUGGUGGAGGAUGGCACACUGGCUGAGUUCUGCCGCCGCGUAGCUGCCUUCAAGGAGGAGCGCAACCGCCUGCUGCAGACGGCUGAGCUACAUAAAAAUCUGCAACUAAAGAAUGGACAGGAUCUGUACAAGUUUGAGGUGCAGCGCGCCCAUCAUCUGUGGGAGAACGACAGGAAAGAGCUCAAGGAAGAGCUACUGGCCAAGGUGGAUGCAGUCAUGGCCAAGCUCCAGGCGGAGAUGAAGACUCUGGCCGAGCCCGGAGCGGAGAUUGCAAACAUCGGGAGGAAAGCCAAACCGAAGCCGCAAGUGGACGAAGUUGACAAACCUUCGUUGUACGUUGCGGCUGUCAAGGAGAAGACUGAUGGGGACAAGAAGAUUAGCGAACCUGAACAGGAGGAGGGUGAAGUGCCCGAAUCACCUGCCACGACAAAAAAAGAAGUGCCUCCGGUCAAGCGACGCAAAAUGGACUCAACAACAAUCGGAGAACCCGUUGAGAUAUCGAAGUUACUACCGGUAGAGGCGGUACGCUUGCCGUUUGAUCAGGUCAGUUCCGAUAUUGCAGCUAUCGUGGGCGACCACAAGAAGACAGCGCAAGCAUCAGUCGAGCUGUUGGUAAACCACGGAAACCUGCCAUUCAAGCUCGAGCGACGGCGGCUCUUUUGUGGUAAGUACGUGUUCGAGGAUGGAGACGAAGUGCAUGCUUCGAUGCCGCUCAUGAAUGAAGAGUAUACGGGCGCAAUUUCGUCCAUCACGGACGACGCUAUCUACAUCAAGCUGGCAUCAGGCCAGAAGGCACGAAUGUUGCUGCCGCAUCUCGAGCGUCAUCGCUGCGAGCUUAAGCCACUGCUGCGUGGCGCUCCGUCCACGGGCAGUCUUCACAGCAUGGGCUGGUCUGAGUACGAUACGUUAUACUAA